AUUUAAUUGAAGAUACAAGUAUGAAUUUAAGUAAUGAAGCAAAUAUGAAUUCAAUUAGUAGUAAAGAUAAAAGUCUAGAAAUAACUGAAGCAAUCUUUACUGAAGUAACUUCUACUAAAAUAACCUUUAAUACCAAUAAACAUAAAG